AUGCGAAUCACUUUCAGUGUAGCUCUAGGUCUUGCGGUCGCUACGCAGGCUCAGGAGAUUUACCUCACGACGACGGGGUAUACUGCUCGUCCCCAGUGCACAAAAUCUACUACUUCAACAAGCUAUCAUUUUAAGUCGUUUUCAUAUUCGCUGGAGGAGACAGUUCGCUAUGCAACUUCCAUUCCUUCACCAACGACUACAAAGACCUACGGCCCGGUAUACAAGGAUGCCGCUAAACACCUGAAGACGACUGUGGCUACAUCAACUUGGGGCAACUGGCUUCCUGGGGAAACGGUCAUUAGUGCAACAGAUCACAAUGAUCCCUACGGUCAAGCUGCAUGGUCUUCUAUGUGGUUAGGCGCUGAUUUGCAAAACUACACUACGACCGGGAUCUUUUCAACUACCGUCAGCCCUACGCCAGUCCCAACUAGUGAACUAGUCCUGCCACCUCGUGAUUAUUUUGGCCCGACGGACUGUUACAACUUUCCCGACGACUUUAUUUUCGGUGUAGCCGGCAGCGCUGCUCAGAUUGAAGGCGCGGUUGCCCUUGAAGGACGCUCGCCAUCGCUCCUUGAGAAAAUAGCCCCAGCCGAUACCCCAAAAGACUAUGUCACCGACGAGAAUUACUUUUACUAUAAGCAAGAUAUUGAGCGCCUGACGGCUAUGGGUGUGGAAUACUACAGUUUCAGUAUUCCGUGGACCCGCAUUCUGCCUUUCGUCCUGCCUGGUACUCCAGUCAAUAAACAAGCUAUCGAUCAUUACAAUGAUCUGAUCAACACCGUUCUCGAUGCUGGGAUGCAGCCUGUCGUGACUAUGCUUCACUUCGAUAGCCCUCUUAUCUUUGUCGCCAGCGACAGUAUCGCCCGACAUCCUGAUAUCGGAAAUGUGAAUGCUGGGUAUCAGAAUGAGACUUUCGUUGAUGCUUUCGUCAAUUACGGAAAGAUCCUCCUAGCAAACUUCGCCGAUAGAGUUCCCAUCUGGAUCACAUUCAACGAGCCACUGCUCUACGCAUUUAACUUUAAAGGUGUCGAUAAUGUUAUACACGCGCAUGCUCAGGUAUAUCGUUUCUACCACGAGGAGUUGAAAGCUACUGGAAAGAUGAGCCUCAAACUCAACGAUAACUUUGGCGUGCCCAAGAACCCAAAGAAUGCCAGUCACGUUCAGGCUGCUAAUCGAUUCAACGAGAUGCAACUUGCCUUCUUUGCCAAUCCGAUCUUUCUUGGCAAACAAUACCCCGAUUCCAUUUUGCACACUCUAUCUGGUGCCAAAGCCUUAAACAAGACGGAACUAAAAUAUAUUAGCCAAACAGCAGAUUUCUUUGCUAUUGAUCCGUAUACGGCUACGGUCGUUUCACCGGCAGAUGAGGGGAUCAGUGCCUGUGCAGCGAAUACAUCUAGUUCUAAUUCGCUUUUCCCAUACUGUGUUAAACAGGAGACCAAGAAUGUGUAUGGGUGGAAUAUUGGCUACAGAUCUGAAUCAUACGUCUACAUCACACCAACAUAUUUCCGCGAAUACCUGUCCUAUUUGUGGAAUACAUUCCAAUCUCCCGUGCUAGUCUCCGAAUUUGGAUUCCCUGUCUGGGAAGAAUCAAAAAAAGAGCUCUCGGAUCAGCGGUUUGACUCGUCUCGAAGCGUGUACUACCUUUCAUACAUGUCCGAGGUCCUCCGUGCCAUCCACGAGGACGGGGUACAUGUUAUGGGUGCUUUGGCGUGGAGCUUCAUUGAUAAUUGGGAAUUUGGACAGCCGAGUCAUUUUGGUAUACAGGGGGUGGAUUCGGAGACUCAGGAGAGAUUUUAUAAGAAGAGCUUUUUCGAUUUGGUUGAUUUUGUCAAAGCUAGACAGUGA